GGACCAGCGGGCGCGCACCGACUCCCGUCCCCUGGGCACGGCCGGGCCACCGCGGCGGGCCGCCAUGGAGGGCGAGGAGAACGGCACCCGCCACCUGUCCUGCGCCGACAGCGAGCCGCCCUACGCGCAGGAGCUUCUCCAGAGCCUUGACCUACCAGGGAGAUUUCUCUUUGCAAUCUUGACUUUGAUGACGCUAAUUGCCAAUCUGGUGUUUAUAGAGGAAGUGAUCUAUAUCUACAAGAAAAUCCCCUCCUCCAAAAGAUCAAUCAUAAUUUGGAUUAAUGCCGCAGCUCCAGUGAUCGCUACUACUUCGUGCAUUGGCAUGUGGAUUCCUCGUUCAACAAUGUUUACAGAUUUCACAGCAGCAGUAUUUUUUGCCAUAGUUAUCCACAAGUUCCUGGUGAUGAUGAUUAAGGAGUGUGGUGGUCAAAAGCUGCUCCUCAGGCGGUUUGAAAACAGUCACUUCAAGAUCAGCACCGGCCCCUGCUGCUGCUGCUGCCUUUGCCUCCCUCAUGUGCGCAUCACUAGGCGAACUCUCUUUUGUCUAAAGCUGGGCACCUUUCAGUUUGCUUUCCUUCGACCCGUGUUCAUGUUUUUGUCAAUAGUGCUUUGGACUGAUGGCAAUUACACCCCUCACAAUUUAUCUCUCAAAGGAGCUGCAAUAUGGAUUAGCUGCUUCAUUGGUGCCCUCACCAUUUUUGCUCUGUGGCCAGUUGCAAUUAUGUUUCAACAAGUUAGGACUCUCCUUGUCUGUAAGAAGAUCAUCCCAAAGUUUGCUCUUUAUCAGUUUAUUCUCAUUCUGAACCACUUGCAGACAGCUAUUAUCAACAUCUUGGCCAUGCAAAGAAUAAUUUCCUGUGCUCCACCACUCUCCUCGUUAGCAAGAGGAGCAUAUAUAUCCCAACAGCUCCUCAUCAUGGAAAUGUUUCUGAUAACCCUAAUAUCAAGGGUGUUCUACAGGAGAAGAUAUAGUGACCUAGAGCCUCCAGAGUGUACUACUGAUGAAGCUGGGGACAACAAGCAGACUCCCAAGAUUAUCCUGAAUGGCUCAGUUAAUUAAGAUGGAUGGCCAAGGGUUUAGAAGCCUUCUGUGCUCCUGUUCUGUAGGAGCUGGAAUUGUAGCUUUAGGAGCUUAUAUAUUCUUGCACCACAAAUGGCCAGUGUCCAUUUCAGAAGAGCUUCUGACGUAGAUGCCUGUGAGCUGUGCAUACUGAAAGAGCACUAGUGGAAAGCUAAACCCGACUAUUCUCCAGUGAUAUAUACGUGGUGUGAGUGUUUUCAUAUCAUGCCAUGUAGUAAGAUUUCAGGGAGAAAAUCGGGAGGCCCAAAGCCAAACUAGAAGUUUGGCUAGUGCCAAAAAAGACAAUGUUUCUAUACAUAUAUUAGCAACCAAAGAAGGGCUAAGGAGAAUCUCCAUUCUUUAUUGGAUGCAGGGGGGGAAACAUAGUGACAAAGGAUGAGGAAAAGACUGAGGAACUUAAUGCAAGAUCUGCUUGACUAACCUCCUAUGUCUCCUCCUUUGUCUCCUCCUAUGACAAAGUGGUUCACUCAGGAGAUGAGGGAAAGCCUGUGGAUGUUGAUAAUGUUGGACUCAAGCACAGCCUUUGACAUUGUUUCCCACAUCAAUCUCCUGGAGACACUGCUGGAUGGGUGUACUCUUUGCAUGGUAAAAAACUGUCUGGAUGGCCAGGCCCAGAGAGUGGGCCACCAUUUAGAUAUUUCUAAAUAUUAAUGAGAUUCCCCUUCAGUCUCCUCUUCUCCAGGCUAAACAGCCCCAGAUCCCACAGCCUUUCCUCAUAAAGAAGAUGCUGCAGUCUCCUGAUCAUCUUGGUGGCCUUCCCUUCAAAGGGAUGAACCUUCCCUUCAAAAAUAAUUGAAGCUGGAAUUUUCACUCCACAUUACAGUGUCAGUAGAAUUAACUGGGAUCAGCUAACGUAUCCCUAAGAUGAGAAAUCUUAAUGUAUAUUAACAUUAUGGCUAUUAGCACAUCAUUCCCAACAUUGCUUUAUAUCAGUAUAGUCUAAGCCAUGGGUGCAUACAAGGACUUGAAGAGCAGUAUUGAGUUUCAUUAUGGCAUUGGGAGUGAUUGGCUGUUAGUUCAAGCAGCUUUGGAACUGGAAAAUAAAAUGUUUUGAGUUGGUAAGGAAUCUUUGUGAAUUGCUGUGGAAAACACUUUAAUUACUAGAGAAAAUGACACAAAUCAGUAUUACUGGAAAAUAUUUUGGGUAGCAGUUCUGUAAGGGGCAUGUCUUGGUGGUUGAGAUCUGUGUCAUGGAAGAACAGAUCCAUGUGCCAUGCAUUUGGAAACAGAUGGAGAAGUGGUGGCCCUUGUAGGGCCUAGUGAAGGCAGCUGCUGGGGCACAGGAAGAAUCAAUCAUCAUACUUUGCUGCUGAUUUGGUAUCUGUCAUAGAAUCAUGGAAUGGUAGGGGUUGGAAGGGACCUUUAGAGAUCAUAUAGUCCAACCCCCCUGCAGAAGAAGGUUCACCUAGAUCAGGUCGCACAGGAACAUGUCCAGGUGGGUCUUGAAGACCUCCAAGGAAGGAGACUCCACAACCCCUCUGGGCAGCCUGUGCCAGGGCUCCCUCACCCUCACAGUGAAAUAGCUUUUUCUUAUGUUUAAGUGGAACUUUUUGUGUUCCAGCUUCAUUCCAUUACCCCUUGUCCUGUUACUAUCUACUGUAGAAAAAAGAGAUGUCCCAACCUCCUGACACCCACCCUUCAGAUAUUUAUAAAUGUUAAUAAGAUCUCCCCUCAAUCUCCUCCAGACUUGUAAACAUCAGU